GCUUUGAACCAGCGUCGAGAACACAGGUUGAGGGUUCGUGAUUUGUCGUGGCCGAGUUGGAUUUUGUUUUUCCUACUUUUUGCAUUGCAAUUUUCUCGAGGGCUUGUUUAUCGUCUGGAGCGUUCCUGUGGAGCUCUUUAUUCGUCUUUCAAUAAUACCGGCGUCUUGUCAUGCCUCCACGGCGAAAACGUUCUCGAGCUGAACAUUCGGACGAAAAUGGCCAUGAGGACACCAAUGAGGAGCCAAUCACUCCCGAUAGCUCCGCGAUAGAUCCACCAUCCAAUGGUGACCGCGUCUCACCAGCACCCGCCGAGCAGCCUACAGCAUCUCCAACCACCUCCCCCCACACCUCACCUCAACAAGUCCAAACAGAAUCACAAGCACCGAGCACCACACCUCGAAAGAGAGGUCGGCCACGAAAACAGAGCGUAACGGAACCUGAGGACAAAAAGGACCCUGAACCGGAUAUCGAUGACUUGUACGAUGUUUUGGAAAAGUUGUUGGUAGUUCUCUCGAGUGAGGACGAAGAAGGCUACUUUUCCCGCCCUGUCAACGUCGAGGCCGACUCAAAGUACCUCGAACUCGUCAAAAAGCCCAUGGACUUUGGAACAAUGGAACAGAAACUCGCUGAACGGUCCUAUCGUGCUUUAUGCGAGUUCCAGGAUGACUUUGAUCUAGUCAUGAAGAAUGCAAUGUCAUAUCACCCUGCCAAUGACGACAUUCAUCAAUUGGCUUUACGGUUAUGGAAAUUCGGCACACGGCUGAUUAAUAGUCAGUAUGAGCGGUUUCCAAAACAUUUGACGGUUGAGCCCGAUGAUUCACCUUACUUCAAGACGACGAGGAGCAAGGCGAAAGCUGCGGAGGUGAAAGAGCGGGUUUUCCGUCCUCAGAAAUAUUCAUUAUGUCAGCGCGGACCAGACGGCACAUUUUUCUUUUCCAGUGCACAGACCAAGCCAUUGGACGAUAUACAACUGGUUGAGGAUGUUGGCAAAGUCAAUAUCAUACCCUCGUACUCUGAAGAUCAAACACAAGUACCUCCGUUAAAGUCGUUGGUGCACCCUUCUUUGAUUGCUGGGCGGACCCUGUCCAAAAGCCGGCACAAACGGAAUGAGCCUGCGCCAGUUGAAUUUGUGGAAUACGGUCCGUAUUACACUUUUGCUCCCAUGGUCGACACAUCCAAAGCCACGCUGUCCCAAGCCGAGUCCGUGAAAUACCUAAAGCCGGGUCAAGUUGUUAUACUGGAACCCGAAGGCGAUGCGAACGAGCCACCUGUACCAGAGGUAGCGCGGAUAUAUAGAGGAGAUGAGUUGGAGGCGACAAAUGGGGAUGGGACGGGCUCGACAGUGGAAGUUCGCGUUGAUAAUCUCGAAGGCAUAGAAAAACUGGUUGAUCAAGCUCGAUUGGAUGCGGAAGGCAAACGGAUACUUGAAGAUGAAGGCGUAGAUCUCGAGGCUGUUUUGUCUGUUCAGGAUUUGUUAAAGGAAGCUCAGGAGGGAGAAUCAGAUCAAGGAGAUCAGGAGAAGGGGUUGGACAAGAUGUCGCUGGAGGAUAUUUUGGCAUUAAAUAAGGACCUUUUGGCCGAAUUGGAAGCGAUGCAGGAAGAACGGUUUGAGGAAGGGAGUGGAGAGAUUUCAACGGAGGAACUGAGUAUAGCCAAACGGCUUUUCUGGAAUCUCCAUCACCUCGCCUCCCUCUCCCUCCCAGCCCACCUCCUCCCCAAGUCACUCAUCUCCUCGUACAUGUCCCGUCUCCGCAAAUAUGACCCAGCAUUCAAGGGCACCCUCCCACCGCGCAAACAGUACAUUUACCCGUCCAAUCUGGGCGGCAGAACCGCGUUCCCCACUAACGCAGGUACUAUCCCACCGCAUGCGGCUGCAAAAGAUUAUGUGCCCCCGCGAUCCAAGGUGCUACCCACUAGUUUUGGUGGGCCGAGUUCCGGUCCAGGUGUCGCUACAUCCUCAGUCAUGAUGACAUCGUUGGAAACUAGUUUACCGCCGCUUGGCACUCCAUUGCCACCCCUUAGUUCCAACCCGUACCUUCAAAACCUAAAACUUGGCACUUCGACUGGCACACCGUCGACAUUUGCGGGCAUGGGAGUCUCAACACCAGGUGGAUUGGUCGGUACGACGCCCCUGACCAGCCUUCCCACGUCAAGUUUGUCCACUUUGGGUAUGCCAUAUUCGAGUUUGGCUGGAUUGAAUCUCUCAUCUUUGGCUACGUUGAAUACGUCUCUUCCCAUGUCCAUGACCCCUGGGUACCCAUCUCCCCACGUGGCAACAACAUCUGUCUUGGGGACGCCGGGAGCCGCGUUGGGAAGUCCGUCGAUGGCGAGUCAAAUGAUGACAUUUAGAGGCGGGAUGAUGCCCGGUUUGAAAAAGAAUGGUGCCUGGAAGUUUUCCUAAUUUGGUACUACACUAGGUUUUUUGGGAUGGGUGCUCUUGUUUUUUGGCCUGUCUUGAAUAUACAAAGGGUUUAUCUAUUGUCAUCCAUGUGCUGCUUUGGCAUCUUCUGUUGAACAGCUCUGUAAAAAAAAU